AUGACCAUGUUAUGACCAUGACCUGAAAUCCUCUCUGGUCUGGCAACCAUCCACGACCUGGAGUUUUAAGCUUGGUGUGAUGUCUGGUCUGGUGUGGGAAUUACAACACCUUCUUUGCAUUGAAACACAGGUGAGAACUGGCAACUACCUAUAUAUAAGACACCCUCCGUCACACUGGCAAAUCACUGACAGCAAGGUUGCCAUUUGGAACCUUGGACCAUACCACCAGACAAUUGCUGCUGUAACUUUUUUUGUAUUUUUUUGUCAGUUUUUGAAAUUAAUUCGACAGUUUCUAUUUCUCUGAUCAACUUUAAGAAGCAUCUAUUUUUGCGUCAAAGCAUGGCUUUCCUCAGCCUCAUCUUUUUGUCAAGCUGGACAGCUGUAGCUUUUACAUUUCCUCACAACCCUUUUGACAACACUUUGAUAGGGUCAAGGGUUGAAUUUGAAUCCUCUGGCAGUGGACCAGAUGAACCAUUUCGAGGAAUAGUCAAGGUUGUACAGCUGGACCCUCAUUCCCUUGCCCAGUCAGGGUUCUUCAGAAGGGGAUUGACCCCCAGAAGAGUCUCCUCCCUCAGCUCCAGAUUGUCCUUUCCUGCUUUCUUGUCUCGAGGGCGUCCAGGUCCGGCCCCGGCCUCCAAGGCCCCUGUGAGUCCACUACACCUCCUGAACCCUAAAAGCCCUGCUGAAAGUGAACUAAAGAAGAGACAAGGCCUGCAGAUGUGGCAGAGAGCCAUAAAUAAAGGAGACAAGAUGACCAUGUCCCUGCCGGUUAACCUGAAGGACACUAAACAGACUUGCUCUGCAGUACCGUUCACUCAGCAUGUGACAGCAGAUGGAUGUGACAUAGUGACAGUGCACAACAAGCUGUGUUUCGGUCAGUGCAGCUCCCUGUUUGUCCCAUCUGAGGGGGAGUUUGCUGGGUUGGGUACUGGGACAGGGGCCCUUCACCGCCGGGCCCCCUGCUCACGCUGCGCCCCAUCCAAAGUUCACACUGUGACCCUGCCCCUGCGCUGUGGAGCCGAGGUCCGGGAGAAGCGCAUCAUGGUGGUGGAAGAGUGCAAGUGUGAGACGGGCAGCGAGGAAAGGAGUGUCGAGGCUAUGGCUCCCAUGCAGCUGUAAGUGUUUUACAGUUGUUGUAACAAAACUACAUGACGUGUUUGUUUUCUGAAAACCAUGGUUAUUCAGUUACAGUUGAAAUAAGGGAAGUAGCUCUAGGCUA